AUGUAUGUUGAUCCAUAUCGUGUCCCCUGCUCGUCGUAUCCUUCCACCGGUGUGCAGCUGCAGUCAGGCGACUACGAGCAUCGCGACGAGUGGGACUUUGAGUUUUUGGGGUCGCCCAACAACUCGCGAGGCAUGACGCUGCAGACGAACGUGUUCAUGAACGGCCAGGGCGACGAGGAGGUCCUCACCGCCUUUGCCUUUGACCCCGCUGCUGCCUUCCACACGUACACCAUUCAGUGGGGCCCGCAGAGGACCGUGUGGCUGGUGGACGGAGUGAACAUUCGCACGGUGAGCAACAGCAGCCCGCACUAUCCCAAGGACCCCAUGAAGGUUUACUUCAGCAUCUGGGACGCCUCCCCCUGGGCCACCGGACCCCGCACCGCCCGCAUCCCCGUCAACUAUGACUACGCUACUGUCUCCGCCUCUUUCUCAGCUAUUAGCCGCUCUCGCGAGUCGCGAGGUGGAGUUGCGAUGAGGUAUCUCCCUGGUUCGCGAGCCCAAUGGCGCGCACCACACCCGUUCCGCCUUCCAGCAGCGCUGUUGCUCUCCUGCCUGCUUAUUCUAUCACUACCAAUGCUGCCUCGCAGCAAUGCUGAAUUCGGAACCAAGCCUGCUGCCGAGCCUGGCACCUCGUUAGGCUCGGUGGACCCGCGCGAGGUCGUCGAAACCAUCUCCGACUCGCUGAGCGAUCUCGCCGCCGCCGUGAAUUCCGGGGAUGCGUGCGGCAUUCUGGACUUCUUCCCCGAAACUUCGUCGAUCCUUCCUCCCCAUUCUCCAGAGCUGCUCCUGAACGUGAGCGCGCUGCGACUGAGCCUCGUGCAGCAGCUGCUGGCGCUCGACAUUAGAUUGCGCUUUAAUGUCCUCGAGGCCUGGGUGGGCAAGGGCGACCCGGGGAGAGUCAGUGACGCGAUCCGGACACUAGGAACGCGAGGAGAUCCGGCGACAGGGGCAGCGACAGCGACUGCGCAACAGCAGCAGCAGAGGGGGGAGGAGACAGAGGAAGAGGAAGAAGAGGAAGUGGCGGAAGAAGAGGAGGGCGCGGAGGGCAGUGCGGCGGGUGGGGAGGGCGCAGGCGUGCUGCGAGGCGGGGACCUGUUCGCCGUGGCUCGCAUCGCAUUCACUGCAAACUGCCUUGGCGCGACUCGGCGGAGCGGCCAGGCGGAGCAAGGAGGCGAGCGAGCGUCAGGCGUCGAGGAGGUCGAAGAAGGACGCGAGGAAGCUUCCGCGUGCGAAUCAGCGUGCGUGGACGGGUCCAUUCUGGCCACGUGGCACAGAUCUGCUGAGCUGGCGCGCAGCGGGGGGAAGGCGACGAGCCCUGAGAGCGGUGACUCUGAGCGUGAGAGCCUACUGGAGUGCCGUGCACGAGGGGCACGAGGGGCACGCAAUGACCACUCCAAGGUGUGGCGAAUGCACUGGGCCGCCUGGAACCAUGCCACCCGCACCUGCCAGAACCGCAGAGCACCGCAUUCCACCGCGUGGGGCGGUGCGGAGGGGUUGGUGCAGGCGGGCAGUGAGGGCAGGGUUAGGAGGAAGGGCAUGCGGCAGCUGUUGGUGGCGCCACAAGCCACUGCUUGGCUCACUGCUGGACCCGCUGAUGUCAGCAGCGAGGGCGGUGGCGGGAGCAGCAGCGCAGUGCAGGCGCAGAAGGGAGAUGCGCGCAGCCCCCUCAAUCCUGCCAGCGCCGUGCUGGGCCAUGAGGCCGCAACGGUGCAGCAGGAGGCGCAGCAGGGGGUGGGGGCUGGGUCCAGUCCAGAGGGAUUGGGCGGGAGGAGUGGUGGUGCAGCGGUGGAGGGGGGUUGUGCGCAGUGGAAAGUGGAGGCGGCGUUGGCAGCACUCACAGUGGCACUGCUGAAUGGCAACGCCACCGCCGCUGCACAGAUAUUCGCCCCCCAAGCCGUGCUCUUCCCCCCGGCCUCCCUGCCCCUGACGCUGCACACCGCUGCACAGGCGGCAGCGUGGCUGCAGCCAAUCACGGGCCGCCGCCUCAUCUUCCAGCCCCAGCUGGAGGAGCUGCUCGUGCUGCAGGCUGCCACGUGGCAUGCUCUAGAGGGUGACACGUGGCUGGCUUUAGGGGUGGACACGUGGCAUGGGAGCAGAGUGGGGUCAUCACCGUACGUGGUGGUGACACGGGGCGUUUACAGGCUGUGGGAACUCAACGGGCUUUCUGAGGGGCAGGGCAAGUUCGUGCUGCUGUGGGAGAGCAGCAGCGAGGACCACACCACUGUGGGGUCACUGAGGAGAGCAAUGCACGGAGUGAAAGAGACAGAGCUCAGAGAAGGCUGCGAGCAGUGGGCGGAGGUGAAAGAGAAGAGUGUGUUGCAGUAG